AUGGCCGCCAACAAUACCAACAAUGCCGGUGCUCCCGCUGAGGGUAUGCUCUGGGGUGGUCGCUUUACAGGCGGUAUUGAUCCCCUGAUGCAUCAAUACAAUGCCAGUAUCUCUUACGAUAAGCACCUCUACAAGGAGGACAUUCUCGGCAGCAUUGCCUUUGCCCGCGCCAAUGCCAAGUCAGGCAUCAUCUCCAAUGAUGAGUUCACUGAAAUCGAGCGUGGUCUCAGAGAGGUCAUGAAGGAGUGGGAGGCUGGUACCUUUACCAUCAUGCCCAAUGAUGAGGAUAUUCAUACUGCAAACGAGCGACGCCUAUCCGAGAUCAUUGGUAAGGAGAUCGGUGGAAAGCUUCACACUGGUCGCAGCCGAAAUGAGCAGGUUGUUACCGACAUGCGAAUGUGGCUGCGCGAGCGUAUUCGUGAGAUUGAGAGCUAUCUUGUUGCCUUCCUCCAGGUCAUCGCCGGCCGCGCUGAGGCCGAUAUCGACCAUAUCAUGCCCGGGUACACACAUCUUCAAUUGGCUAUGCCAGUCAAGUUCUCCCAAUGGCUCCUGUCAUACGGCUUUUCCUUUGCCUCUGACUUGGAACGAUUACGCGAGGUCUUGAAACGCGUCAACAGGAGCCCACUCGGUGCUGGUGCUCUUGCCGGCAAUGCCUUUGGUAUUGAUCGUCAAAUGAUGGCCAAGGAGCUCGGCUUUGAAGGAAUAAUGUGGAACAGCAUGGGCGCCGUUGCUGACCGUGACUUUGUUACUGAAUUCCUGUCUUGGGGUACCAUGUUCAUGGGACACAUCUCCAGGUUCAGUGAAGACUUGAUCAUUUAUUCCACUGCUGAAUUUGGCUUUAAGAAGAACCCCGACGGCCUCGAGCUUUUGAGGGGCAAGGCUGGCAGGGCCUUUGGUCAUUUUGCCGGUGUCUAUGUUGCCACAAAGGGUAUUCCAAGUACUUACAACAAAGACUUGCAAGAGAGUUGGGAGCCUAUGCUGGAUCAUGUCAAGACUGUCUCCGAUAGUGUGCAGAUCGCAAAUGGCGUCCUUAGCACUCUCAAGCUUCGACCAGACCGCAUGAGAGCCUCUCUCAACCCUUUCCUCCUUGCAACCGACGUUGCAGAUGCUCUUGUUCGACUUGGCGUGCCUUUCCGUGAGACACACCACAUUUCAGGACGCGUGGUGGCCAAGAGCGAGGAGUUGGGAAUCCCAAUGGACCAGCUGAGCGUUGAGCAACUUCAGGCCAUUGAUAGCCGAUUCCCCGAUAACAUCAAGGACGUAUUCAACUACGAGGCUAGUGUUGAAUCAAGGAACGCUCAAGGUGGCACCAGCCGAGCAGGUGUGCUGGAGCAGAUCGAGGUCCUCAAGGGCAUGUUGAAUUAG